AUGGUGCUAGACAGCCCGCCAGUGGAAAUGGACGUGCAGGGCUUCAGUAGUCAGCAGCAGGAGAUCCGCCCGGUUCUGAGGACUAAAUUCCCGGAAACCUGGGUCAACGAGGGCAUCAUCAGCACGAGCGGGGAAACUAUCUACGAGGCUACUGCUCCGGAUACGAUCACCUCUUGGGUUGCGUCGGCUUUUGCCGUCAACGACGUCUCGGGGUUGGGGAUUGCACCGGAAACGGCUAAGCUCCGCGUCUUCCGCCCGUUCUUCAUCCGCCUGAACCUGCCCUACUCGGUGAAACGGGGCGAAAAGUUCGCGCUCCAAAUCCUGGUGUUCAACUACAUGGAAAACGAGCAGGACGUGACGGUGACGCUGAAGAACGACAACGACGAGUUCGUGUUCCUCAACAAGGACGGCAGCGUCAAUACGGAGAAGUCCACCUCCGCCAACACGCGACUUGUCUCCGUCGCUGGCGGCGGCUCCUCCAAGGCCGUCUACUUCCCGAUCGAGCCGCGCAAGAUCGGCGACCUGAAGCUGCACGUCGUCGCGACGGGCAGUAACGCUGGAGAUGCGGUCGAAAUGCCGUUGAAGGUGGAACCGGAGGGCUACCGGGUCAACCGGAACGAGCCGGUUGUCUUCGACCUGAGCAGCCAGCCCAGCCAGGAGAAGACCAUCCCCCUGAAGUUCCCCGCCGAUGCCGUGGAGGGCAGCCAGAAGGCGCGAGUGGAUAUUAUUGGCGACGUCAUGGGACCAAUGCUGUCCAACCUCGAGAAACUCGUCCAGAUGCCGUCGGGAUGUGGGGAGCAGAACAUGCUCAACUUCGUGCCGAACAUCGUCGUCAUGAAGUACCUGAAGGGGUCCAAUAAGAACGAGCCGACGAUGGAGGGCAAGGCGUUGAAGUAUAUGGAGACUGGAUACCAGAGGGAGCUGAACUAUCGCCGCUCCGACAACUCCUACUCGGCCUUCGGCAACACCGACGAGCACGGCUCGACUUGGCUGACCGCCUUCGUCGUCCGCUCCUUCGCCCAGGCCAAGGAGUACAUCUUCAUCGACAAGCAGGUCAUCGCCAGCAGCGUCGCCUACCUGAAUGGCGUACAGACGGAGAGCGGAACGUUCAACGACCACGGCAAGGUGCUGCACAAGGACAUGAUGGGUGGAAGCCUGUCUGGCGGAGUCGCACUCACCGCCUACGUCGCCUUAUCCCUUCUGGAGAAUGGGGACCGAAACCAGAAGGCCAUCGAAUACCUCGAGACUUCUCUUCCAAACAUCGAAAGCGACGUGUACGCAUUGGCGGUGACGUCGUACGCGCUGAAGUUGGCCGGCUCGCCAAAGGCCGCAGCCGCUUUUGCCGCCCUGGAUAAGCUGAAGGUCGAGGGAACCGAUGGAACUGUGCAUUGGGAGGCUCGCCCGACCAAUCCUGGAGAAAAAUCUGACUUCUACCAGCCGCCGCCGGUAGAUGUUGAAGUGACGUCGUACGCCUUGCUGACGGUGAUGCUGGAUGGAGAUACGAGCAAGGGUCUCCCCAUCGUCCGCUGGCUGAUCUCGAAGCGCAACGAGCUGGGCGGGUAUUCCAGCACUCAAGAUACCGUCGUCGCCCUCCAAGCAAUGGGCGCCUAUGCCGCAAAGGCCAGCUCCGACCUGUCGAGCGUCAACGUGAAGAUCAUCAGCGGAGCCGACAACCACGCGUUCAACGUGUCGGCGGCGAACAGCAUCGUGCUGCAGAGCUACGAGCUGAGCGAGCUGGACAAGGAGAUCACGCUCCAGGCGACUGGAAAUGGCAUGGCUUUUGCUCAGGUGGCAUAUUGGUACAACCGCAACGCGCAACGCGACAACACCCCCUUCUACUGCACCAAGGACCUGAAGGAGAUCCACGGUGGAAAUAGGAUGCAGUUGGAGCUGUGCUGCAACUACACCAAGACCGGCAAGUCGAACAUGGCCCUGGCGGAAGUGCAAGCACUAACCGGCUACAAAUUCGACGAGGAGGAGGCGAAUCUCCUGACAAACAUCAAAGACCUGCAGCGCGUCGAGCUCGACAAGGACGACACCCAAGUCAACAUCUAUUUUGAUGCGCUGGACGCCGACCCGAUCUGCUUGAGCCUGUAUUCGGAUAUGGUGUACCACGUGUCGGACCAGAAGCCUGCCCAGCUCGCCCUUUAUGAUUAUUAUGAUCCGGCUGAGCAGCUCAAAACCUCGUACUCCCCGGUGCAGAAGCGUUCCCUACAAGACAGCUGCCCUGACUGCUGGCCGGCCGCCGACUCCGCGUCUGCUCUAAGAGCACGCCGU